UUCGUGAGGCUUUCCAAUAUUUGUCCUUUUUUUUUUUUUUUUUCUCCUGUCUAACCCCCAAAUUUCCAUUUAUUUCACCACCCCAACUACCCUAAUUUGUCACUUGUACUCUCUGUAUGUAUAUUUAUAUAAAGGGUUUCUUUCUUUCUUAGCCACUCUUUAAAAAAACCCAUUUUUUUCUUUUGUGUAAUUUGUACAGGAAAGAUCAAAGGAAAAACCAAGCCAUGGGUGGAGGCAAUGGUCAGAAGGCAAAGAUGGCUCGUGAGAAGAACAUGGAAAAGAUGAAAGCCCAAAAGGGAAGUCAGCUUGAGGCUAACAAGAAGGCUAUGAGUAUCCAGUGCAAGGUGUGCAUGCAGACAUUCAUUUGCACCACUUCUGAAGUUAAGUGCAGAGAACAUGCUGAGGCGAAACAUCCCAAAUCUGAUAUCUAUGCAUGUUUCCCUCAUCUCAAGAAAUGAUGAUUCGCAUUUCAGCGACUGAACUGAUGGCUGUUUCCCAACUAUGUUUCUAAAUUCUGUUAACCAUUACAAAGUUUGAACCUGUUCCAACGUUGUUGCUUCGUUCUGCUUCAAACUGCUGAUGGCUACUUAGUGUGGAACUCUUUGUGAAAUAUAUGUUUAUAAUAA